AUGGAACUAAAACUAAUCUCUCAAAAUGAUGAUAGUCAGAAAGACAAUAUGGCCAAUUCGGACUGCCACCAGGUUACCACACGUGAAAUACUCACCCUUCCACACGCAGAUCUGAAAAAGUCAAUUGCUGCGACAGACAAUUGGGAUAGCAGUUGGAAUAAUAAAGAACAAACUGAUUGGACUAAAUGGCAAACGAAACUUUUUGAUAAGGAGCAAACACAGGUAAAUAGAGCUAUAGAGGCACGAGUUCUGGCUUCGACAUUAUAUGAGUCAUUUUCCGAGGACUUAUCCCAUGUUAGUGGUAUAAUGGAAUUAUCGAAAAGCAGUUCAUGGAAGGAAAGUAGUGGUGAAUUUAUUACGCAUGAUAACAGUAAUUCGAUUGUGUCAACUACGACAUUUGCGAAACAUGUCUCCUCUGAUUGCAUACCUCCACGGAAACGUCCAAAACGUUUAUCAGUCAGUUGUGUAGAACGAGAUAUUCAAGACUCAUUCAUUUCUUUCGGCUCCAGUGAAAUCAGUGUUCGUGUUGUAUCGCUGUCUAAUGAUAGUAACGAUGGAUUUCGUGAAUUGAAUUGCAUUUGCGAAGACACAUCUAAAUUUUAUCGCUUGAGAUUAGAAGGAAUUUGGUCAUCUACUCCGAUCAAGAUUGGUUCUUCCUUGCGUGUUAUUGGUGCUAAAAUGAAAGGAGAAGAGGAUUUACUGUUAAAUUGGGAAAGUGGUGUAUUGAUCGCAGAAUGUAAUGUACUGGUGCCGUGUACACUUAUCGCGCAAGGUAUAUCUUGUCGUCGAAAAGCAAUACUUUCGCAUUAUUUCAAAUUACAAAGCGGUGCAACCAAGGAAAUGUUGAUAGGGAAUGUAGUUCACGAGCUUUUCCAAGUUGCAGUUACACGUUCGGGAUUCGACGUUGCUGAGAGUAGUUUACUUGACCUGUGGCGUAAAGAGUUACAUGAACAGUAUGCUGAAGAACUUUUCGCUUUAAAUCUUUCAUCUCAGGAGAUUGAAGACGAAAUGUGUCUUUACUUUAAAACGAUUACUCGCUGGGUGUCAGCUCACAUGCCAUCACCAAAAGGUAGAAAUGAAUCCUUGCAAACAGGUUCUAAAAUCAUGGAAGUAAUGGAUGUUGAGGAAUCCAUAUGGAAUUCAUGUUAUGGUUUCAAAGCCAAAAUUGAUUGCACUUUGAAGGUAAAAAAAAGAAAUGGAGAACAAAAACUGGUCCCUGUAGAAUUGAAAACUGGCAAGUCAAAUGCAAAUACAGCGCAUGUUACACAAGUCAUGCUUUACUGCCUUGCCUUGGCCUCAAAACAGAGUACUAUUGAAAAUGGAUUAUUACUGUAUUUGCUGGAUGAAACUUCUCGAAUUGUAUCUCCCAAAACGAUCGAUCUCAAGGGAAUCCUGCACAUGCGCAAUGAAAUUGCCGCGGGCAUAAGUGCUACUUCGUUCGACAACCUUCCAGGACCAGUCCUCGAUACACAUUCUUGUAAAUGGUGUAAUCAGGUCUUAUCAUGCUCCUUAUUACAAUACUGUUCUGCGUCAACUUUAACCGAUAUCUUCUUCCAAAAUCAACUAAAACAUCUUAAGCAAAGUCAUAUCGAUUACUUCAAACGGAAGGACCCAACACGAAGCAUAAAAGUUAUUCUCGAUUCCAUCGUCCAUCAAAAGAAUAGAACUGCUGUUACUUUUCAGAGGGAGGUAGUAAUGGAUGAGCAACAUGAAUUGUUCAUAAAGGGAGAUAUGUUGUUAGUUCUUUCUGAUGCGAGUGAAAUGAUUGCUAUGGUUUCUGUAAUUUUUGUUAAAGGCAACGUUGCUGUAAAUGGCAACAGUAGUUCAUUUAUUGUUGGAAUGACUUAUUUUCUUGCGAGACAUGAAACUUCCUUUAAAUAUAGUCUUAAUCUCGGAAAUUUAGUUUCGCUAAUGGUUGACGAUAAAAAAAUGUAUGUAGGUUCAUGGUCAAAAAUUAGAUCUCUUAUAAUUGAUAUGAGGCCACCGGUAUUCUCAAAAAUGAAGAAAGAGAAUAUAAUUGGCAUAUCAGAAAUUGUACGACAAUUAAAUUAUGAUCAAGCACGAGCAGUUGUUAAAUCCCUUAUGUCUAAUGAUUAUGCAAUUAUUGAAGGAUUUCCUGGGACCGGAAAAACAAGCACGCUGGUAGUGCUAAUUCGUUGCCUUAUUUAUUUGGGUCGCACUGUCCUUGUCACUUCUCACACUCAUUCUGCAAUUGACAAUCUUCUUUUAAAACUUAUUGAGUAUGUUGAUGAAACUAAAAUUUUACGAUUGGGACAACAAGUUUCUAUGAAAAAAAAUGUACAACAUCUAACUUUGGAAUCAAAGUUGUCUAAACAUACGGAUACUGAUAAAGUUUCACUAAUGCAGUAUAUCCUAAAGGAAACGCCUAUCGUUGCAUGUACUUGUUUGGCAAUACCAACUAAUUUACUAUUUUCAUAUCGCCGUUUUUCAAUGACAGUUGUUGAUGAAGCGUCUUUGGUGUUAGAACCUACUAUCAUUCCUGCUAUUGCUGCUUCUGAUUCUUUUGUACUUGUUGGUGAUCAUCGACAGCUUAGUCCUCUUGUUUGCUCGAAGCAAUCCAGGCAGGAAGGUAUGGCGAAAUCAUUGUUGGAACGAUUAACCGUUCAUCGUUCAGCUGUAAUUACAUUGCAUUCUCAGUAUCGGAUGAAUAGGCCGAUUGCGGAACUUAGCAGUGUUCUCUUUUAUGAAAAUAAACUUCGUUGUGCAAAUAAUAUGGUCGCUGAAGCAACUCUUAUUAACUUCGUUUCUGAUCCUAUAGACAGCAUUUACUCUAAGACAUUCAAGCUUUGUAUUUCGAAUUUAUUAAACAAUGCAAUCGUAUUUGUGGAUACUCAAUCGUACAAGAAUCCAUCAUUUUGUGCGACUUUUGGCAACUCAGGCGAAGUUUCUAAUGCUGGAGAAACGGAAUUUAUUGGAGACCUUUGCAGACUAUUUGUUAAGCUGGGUUUGCCGGAAAGUGAUCUUGGUGUUAUCAGUAUCUAUCGUUAUCAUGUUGAACAACUGCGCCGCACAGUUCAAGCAGGAAUUGAAGUGAAUACUGUUGACCAAUAUCAAGGUAGAGAUAAGUCGGUUAUUGUGUUAAGUUUUGUGUGGACUAGCGAAGCAAAAAAUCGGAAAAGCGAAUUGCUUGCCGAUUGCCGACGAAUUAAUGUUGCUAUCACGAGGGCUCAACAUAAGUUGAUAUUGGUUGGAUGUCAGAAAUCGUUGUCAAGCUACCCGGCAGUGGAUGCAAUAAUUAACGCGAUCCCUAAGGAGUGUGUCACAAUGUUACAAGAAUAA